AUGGCGGACUCCAACAAGGCCGCAUUGCGGCAGAUUACGACAUAUGCCGCACAGCGCUAUCGAUUAUAUAACAGACUAUCACAACUGCUGAAAGAGGAGCUUAAGCACCUUGUUCAGCGAGUUGCUCCACAUGCUAUUGUACAGACCCGACCAAAGUCCGUCCCCAGCUUCGCAGAAAAGAUCUUUCGAAAGCCGCAUCAUGACCCUUGUGCCGAAUACACAGACCUGUGCGGGGGCCGAGUCAUCACGCAUACAACUGAUGAAGUCAAGGCAGUUGUCAGGGCCCUCAAAGAUCGGUUCGAAAUCGAUGCGGAGAACUCGGUCGAUCAUACACAUCGUCUCCAAGCCAGGGAGUUUGGAUAUCGGUCUGUUCAUUACAUUGUCAGAUUCAGAAGGGAGGACUUCAAACCCGGGUUUGAGGAGCUCUGCGGCAUGGAGAAUCCUCGCGCCGAGGUACAAGUACGGACUUUACUAGAGCAUGCGUGGGCAGACGUUUCCUACGAGUAUGCGUAUAAGCCAGACUUUCAGAUGCCCACUGAUCUCCAACGUGAGGUUUACUGUGCCGCAGCCCUGCUUGAGCAAUCGGACGAAGUCUUUUCACGAGUCCAUAAGGGUUUGUCCUUGUACAUGGGCAAUUAUGGAACGUACAUGAGCCAAGACGAGAUCACGAAACAGAUUGACCUCCUGCGAUUUGUUCUCCACACGGAUCGUGCGUCGUCGUCGGAGAGGGUUGACCUGGCCGUGAGGAUCGGAUCUCUAGCGGUGGAGCUUGAUAAGCGCAAUAUUUGGACCGACGCAGUCGAAAUCCUAUCCACUGCCGCUGCAGGCACCCCUGGCUCCGAAGACGCGGCGGUCUUCCUCCAACGGGGUGUUUUGAGGUGUAACCUACAUCCGCCAAAUUGUACAGAAUACGUCGACGGGCAGACGGAUUUGCAGAAAGCGAUUGACCUUGCUCCAUCGGAUAUCGACGCUCACAUCGCUCUUGCGCGCACGUUCGAAGAUUGCGGGGACAACGACAGUGCACGGAGGCACUACUCGGAUGCAUUCUCCAUCGACUCUUCCAAUCCUGGAGUUCUGAGCAGAUUCUUGGGUCUAGAGCUUAGUACCAAUGAGUCCCCCUCAAUCAUCCGCUACCUUCGUCCCGUUAUCAGGAGGGCCAUUGCGCGAUCGCAUGGGCAAAUUGACGUCAAGGUUAAUCUCCCAUGGGCUUACUACAAUACGGGAUUCCUCCACGCGCUUCUAGAGGAGUGGGAGCCCGCCUUGACUUUCUACUGCCAGGGACUGAACAUAACCAACACCGAAUAUGUGACCACAAAAUCUGCCAAGUUAUUGAGGUCAUUGGAAUCGGAUGCAGUGCCCGAGGGACUGCGGCGGACCGCACAACAAGCACAGGUACUUAUAAGUCUAUUCUCAAAGAGGUUUGGAAUGAAAUUAGACACGCCAUACGACUUCAAGUCUAUCACUGGGCCGGUAGUGAUAAUAUUGGGACCAAGGACGGAUCUGGAUGAGCAUUUCAGUCAACUACAUGAACGUAUACUCCGUCCUUUCCUUCUUCAGUUUAGAGGCACUCUCAUAAUUGAAGGAGUAACCUCUGGCAUAAGCAAGGUUAUUGGGAAGGUAUUCACUGAGAAUCGCAGCCUUUCCGGUAAAAUCGAGCUAGUGGGCUAUGUGCCUCGUGGUGUCCCCUACAACAUACCCAACGAUAUACGUCACUACAAAAGGAUCAUUACGGUGGAUGAGAAAGACUACUCUCCACGGCUCCCGCUGCAAAAGUGGUCCGACAUUCUACGAUCAGGGACUGAUACUGCCAAAGUGAGGGUUCUCGGUAUUGGGGGUGAUAGGGUCUCGGGCUUCGAAUAUCUCAUGGCUGUUGCACUUGGAGCAGAGGUUGGCCUUCUAAAGGGGAGCUUGGGCAAAGCAGAUCAGAUAUUAGACGAUGAGAGCUGGAAGCAUUCAAAGGGCCUUCUCUCACUGCCCCAGGAUCCAAUGACAGUUUCUGUCUUCCUCGCUUUAAACUCCGGCAGGAUGGAAGAUCGCUACCGUGACGACAUCGCCAAGGCUAUACACAAGCAUUACCGAGACGAUCAGCGAAGGUUACUAGCAGCCAACAUGGCAUCAUGGGACGACCUUAGCGAAAAUUUAAAGGAAUCAAAUCGUCUUCAAGCGGACCAUAUUGCCGAUAAGCUGCAGCUCAUGGGAUGUGAGAUUCGGCCAAAGCCGGAAGUAUACGUUCACCCCUUAGUCCGACGCCUAAGGGAAGAGGAAAUUAUCAACAUGGCAGAGCAGGAGCAUGCGAGGUGGAACUGCGAGCGCUUGAGGGAUGGAUGGGUUUGGGGACCAGAAAAGGAUAUCAUGGGCAAGAAAAGUCCGUACAUCGUGAGCUGGGAGCAGUUGCCAGAUGAGGUGAGAGGAUGGGACAUUCAGGCUGUUGCACGAAUCCCUCAGCUCUUGGCAGACGUUGGGCUUCAGAUCCAGGAUAUUGUUCGUUAA